UCUAUCCACUGAGAAAGAAUCUUGAAUUUUUCAAGAUAUGGACAAGAUCAAUACUGAUGACUUGCUGGUGAAGAUAUUAUCAUUUCUUCCAACAAAAGUUGUUGUAACCACUAGCAUUUUGUCUAAACGAUGGAAGUUUCAUUGGAUGCGGGUGCCAAAGCUUGAGUAUGAUGAUCGUGACACUAAACCUUCCAAUCGCCGGAGGUUACGACGUUUUAUCAAAAGGACAUUGCCACUGCAUAGAGUUCCCGUUUUGGAACGCUUGCGUCUCGAGCUUAGUUCUUUACCAUUUCAACCAGAAGAUAUCAAACUAUGGGUUGAAGUUGCAGUCUCUCUCUCUGUGCUGGAGCUUAGCAUUGACUAUUAUUCUCAUCAAUACAAAUCUGCUACAUUGCCAUUUUGCUUGUACACCUGCAAAUCGCUCGAGACCCUCGCACUCUUUGAUGCAAUUCUCAUGGUUGUUCCUCGUAUGGCUUGUCUUCCAUCUCUGAAAAACUUGCUACUAUGUGGAGUGAGAUACGUAGAUGAAUCUUUUCAACUACUCGAUGUAUCUCGUACGGUUUGUUUUCCCUCCCUGGAAACUUUGUUCCUUAAAGACGUAGUCUUCUCCGAUGAAAAAUCUCGAUCGCUUCUUGCCAAUUGCCCUGAUCUUGAAUAUUUGGUCAUGGAACUACAUGAAUAUGAUACUAUGGGAGCUGUCCACAUCAUUGUACCUUCUUUGAAGAGUUUAUUAUUAGUUAUAGAUUGUGAUCAUUCUCCCGAUGUGGUUGAAAUUGUUGCUCCUUCUUUGGAGUACAUCAAACUAAAUGAUCACAACAACAAUAAAUUCUUGAUAGAGAAUAUGCCUAAUCUUGAAGAGGCAUACAUUGAUGCUAAUAUCUUUGAAUGCGAGAAAUUUCUUGGAGCUUUCACAUCUGUUAAGCGUCUAAACUUGUGCUUAUUAAUGCUCCAAAGAUCCGAGGCUAGGAAUGUUGCUGCAAUUUGCUUCAAUCAACAAAGUCUAAAGAUUUGUACUUGUAAACCAUAUUGGUCGGUAAUACUUCUCCGGUUGCUCAAAGGAUCUCCUAAUCUAAAAGUCCUAGAGGUUGACGGCGACAAUAAUAUUCCCGAAUGUUUUAAGGCUCCACUGGUUUGCUGGGAUCAAGUGACACCUGUGCCAGAAUGUUUGCUGACGAGUCUAGAGACUUUCAAGUGGACAGGCAUACCAUCAAGACAAGAAGCGAGAGAUAUGCGAACAGUUUUGAUCCUGAAAGACGAAAUGGUAAAACUUUUAAACGAUAAGAUCGUUAGGUCAGAAAGAAAAGAAUCAUCUUCUUCCACCUCACUUUCUUCCCAAAUCACUGUUUUUUAUGUUUUUCCUCUUCGUCACCGUUGACUUUUCGCCAU